AUGUCCAAGGUGCGAAAGUGCGCGGUCGAGAGCCGCCGCGCGCAGGUGGCUGAAGCGCUGGUGCUGCUGCUGACGGCUGCAUGGAUCACGCACCUCGUUCAGAAAGAGGAGCAACAGGAGAGUGGUGUGGCGGCGUCGCUCCAGGCGGAACAGCGGCUGCUGCAGUCCGCCACGAUGUCGCACGUGUUGUUCGUCCUGCAUGUGCUGGACGAGAGCGCGACGCUGGACUAG